AUGACGACUGAACUCCCCUUCUUUCGCAAACCUCCCACCUCCGACAUUCGGACAUUCGGCGACCUCCAUCGUUUCCACUUCUUCACACGUAUGCCGCCUUUUCUCCCCCGCAAGCGCGUCUCUUCCGAGGACCCGCCCCCGGCCAAGCGUCAGGCUCGGCCCGAUGCCCAAGCUCCAGCUCCAGCUCCAGCUCCAACGCCGGCGCCUGCGCCAGCCCCGUUCCACCUCUCUGAUUCCGAAUCGGACUCGGAAUCGUCUCUAAGCGAGGCGCCGAAUGGGCUCCUGAGCAAGGAGAACACGACGCCGGCGGAGGAUUCAGAAGAGGAUGACGACAUCGACUGGGAGGACGCAAUCGACACCAAGACCACAAGUGCCACUACGCCAACGGCCCCAGCCCCAGAGCUCCAGGAUCUAGAGUUGACUCUAGAUCACAAUGAGACACACGUAUCGGACUUGCUGGAAGGCAAGAAGGGGCCUAGUAAGAUCGAACGCCAGAUUCGGAUCCAGACACACUGCAUGCAUGUUCAAUGCUUGCUUUUCCACAACGCCAUUCGCAAUGCUUGGUGCAAUGACACCCAGGUCCAUACUAUUCUGAAGAACAAGCUACCCGAGGGGCUUAACAAAGAGGUCAAGAAAUGGCGCAUUGCUUCUGGCCUGGAGCUCCCGGAGCCCAAACCCGAACCACCCAAGAGCAAGAAGAAGGGCAAAAAGGCACAAAAGAAUAAGGAUUGGAGUGCCGACUCUGACAGGCUGGAGCCAGGAACUCCUGAUAUGAGCAGGGGAGACCCAAUUCUCACUUUGAUGAAAGUCCUGGUGGCCUACUGGAGAAAGCAAUUCCGUAUAACGGCGCCGGGACUGCGAAAGUCUGGCUACCGGCCAGUGUCUGCGCUUGAAUCUGCGAUUAAAGAUUUUCGGGAGGAGUCGCACGACUCAGAGCGCCACGGAGAGCGUAUUGCUAAUCUGAAAGAGUUUCGUGAAACUGCCGAAGCUAUGGAAGGCUCGCGAGACGUCGGGGCACAGCUGUUCACUGCUCUCGUGCGAGCUUUAGGCAUUGAGGCUAGACUCGUGGCUAGUCUACAGCCACUCGGCUUUGGAUGGACCAAGGGAGAGACCUAUACACCACCGCCCGAUAAGGAAUCUCAUGAAAAGAGCCAAGAGGCCGAAGAGACACCCGAAGAAUCCGAAUCGGAGACUGACGUGGUAGAGGUGAAACCAUCAACGAAGAAGACUGGUAAACAGUUUGACAAGGAUUUACCAUUCCCAAUCUACUGGACUGAAGUUGCAUCGCCUGUCACGAACGAGAUAAUAGCUAUUGAUCCGCUCGUACUUCCCAACUACGUGGCGCCAUUUGCAAACACAGACCUCCUAGCAAACUUCGAGCCACGAGGUGCCAAAGCCGACCGAGCCAAACAAGUCAUCUGCUAUGUUGUGGCUCAUUCGGCAGAUGGUACUGCAAAGGAAGUUACGACGCGGUAUCUUCGACGGCGGACAUGGCCCGGCAAAACCAAGGGGUUUCGAAUGCCCUUGGAAAAAGUCCCCAUCGGCCGAAAAGGCCAUUACAUCACAUUUGACUGGUUUGGAAUGGUCAUGCGUGGCUACCAACGAGCGCGAAAGAGCAAGACAGCCGUUGACAAGCUCGAGGAAGAUCGAGAUCUCCAACCCAACCAGCCAGAGAAGAAGAAAGCAACCCAAGAAAACGACACACUUCAAAGUUUACGCACGUCAACCGAAUUCGUACUCGAGCGCUUUCUCCGCCGCGAAGAAGCCCUCCGCCCCGGAGCCGAGCCUGUCCGUACAUUCGUCGCCGGGAAAGGCGCCCGCGCCAAAGAAGAGCCCGUAUUCCGGCGCGAAGAUGUGCUGAAAUGCCUCUCCGCCGAAAGCUGGCACAAAGAAGGUCGUCAGACCGUUCCGGGUGCCAGGCCACUCAAGCGUGUGCCCAUCCGCGCAGUCACACUCAUUCGAAAACGCGAGGUCGAGGAGCUACAGCGCCAGACUGGCGAGAAACCGCUUCAGGGUCUAUAUUCUCGUGACCAAACUGAAUACAUCAUCCCGCCGCCUAUUCAAGAUGGCCGAAUUCCGAAAAACGAGUACGGAAACAUCGACUGUUUCGUGCCAAGCAUGGUUCCCGCAGGUGCUACGCAUGUUCCAUUGCCGGGGAGCGUGCGAGUUUGCAAGAAACUUGGAAUCGACUAUGCCGAAGCCGUGACUGGUUUUGAGUUCGGGUCAAAGAUGGCGGUCCCGGUGAUCCAGGGUGUGGUUGUCGCCGCUGAGAAUGAGGACUUACUCCGAGAUGCCUGGCGAGCCGAUGCCGCUGAGAAGCGGAAGAGAGAAGAACUCAAGGCCGAGAAAAAAAUCUUGCAAACUUGGCGGAAAUUCUUGUUCGGGCUGCGGAUUAUGGAACGCGUGAGAGAUGAAUAUGGGGGUCGGGACCCGGUUGCUGAUCGCGAGCGGGACUCACAUAAUCCUUUCGCUGCGCAGAAGAAAAAUGCAGACGACGAGCCUGAAGAGGAUGACGAAAUGGACGAUGCGGAGCCUUACAACCCUGUUGAUCACGGGGGAGGCUUCCUUCUGCCUGGUCAUGAGGACGUGGAUGAUGGAUUGAUCAUUGAGCAUCAAGAUCAAGAAACCCAUCCAGCCCCAAUCCAUGCUCGUUCCGGUGCCGAGGAAUCAGAUCCUGAAUCUCCUGCUGAGAAAUCACCACCCACAUCUAUCAAGUCAGAAUCUGAUGACGAGGGGGAAGCUGGCGAGGACGAAGAGGAAGAGGAAGAGCCUGAGUUUGCACCUCGUCCAACGCGAAGAAGGCCACGGGGUCAGUGA